AUGUUCUAUGGGGCGAUGGUGUGGGAUCCGUGGCUGAUCGUGGCGCAGAUCGUCUGCCUGCAGUGCCUCUACUACCUCGGGCUCGGCCUCUUCAUGGCGCUCCUCGUCGGCACCCGCGUCCCGCGCCUCACGCUCCUCUACCUCUUUGACUUUGCCACUCUCACCCCGCGCACAACCACCGGCUGGUGCGCCAUCGCCUCCUUCCUCCUCGCCGCCAUCGCAGGUGCUGGAUUCAUGUUUUAUGUGAUUGAGAGAGCCAAGAAGUGCCUGGACUUCGCAGCCACCCUCUACAUCAUCCAUCUGUUUAUUUGCAUUAUUUAUGGUGGAUGGCCAGCUUCAGGUACAUGGUGGGUGGUUAAUAUUGUUGGUUUGGCAAUCAUGUCACUCCUCGGUGAAUACCUAUGCAUCAGGCGAGAGCUAAAAGAUAUUCCAGUAAGGCUUCGUGCAAGUAAGCAACUCUGUCCUAAUGAAUUUGUCUUAUUUAAUUUUCCUUAG